AUGGCCGACGAAUCGCAGCGGACAAAAGAGGGGCCCACUGUACGUAUUCACAAUGAGGUGUAUCCCUUCAUCUACCCGUCCAAGUUUCGUGGCAACCUGCAGGACAAGGUCGCCGUCAUCACGGGCGCGGCGGGUGCCAUCGGGCAGGGCCACGCAGAGAGCUUUGCCGUCGCAGGCUGCCGUCUCUUUCUUGUCUACAACCGCACCCCGCCACCAGAUACUCUCGAGGCCCGUUGUCGUCAGUUGGGCGCCGCCAAUGUUCAUUUUGUCCAGUGCAACGUCUCGGAGUUGGCGUCGUGCGAGAAGCUUGUCCAUCACAUCCUCGAGGCGACGAUCGACGACAGCCAUGCGAGCGGCCGUGUCGACAUUUUGGUGAACAACGCGGGCGCCAACAUGCUGGCGCCCAUGUACGAGCAGGAUCCCCGGGAUUUCCUGUACGACAUGGCCGUCAACUUCAACGGGCCGUAUUGCCUGAUGCGGCUGCUGAUGCCGACGUUCCGCGCGCAGCGCAGCGGCUGCGUGAUCAACAUUGCAUCGCGGGCGGGCACCGUCGUCCUGCCCUGGAGCACGAGCUAUUGCGCGAGCAAGGCGGCGCUGAUCAACCUGACGGGGUGCAUCCAGAUGGAAGCGGACGCCGAGGGGUUCGGCGACAUCCACUUGUAUGCGCUGCACCCGGGCGGCGUCCGGUCGACCAUGGUCACGAAGAAAUACUCUGACGAGAGCGUCUCCGCCCUCCCGGUGGGCACGCCGCAGUACAAGGGCCUGCUCGACUUUUACAACGACUCGGUGCACCUCGGCGGCAUGGUGUCGGUGGCACUGGCGACGGGCGUGGCCAAGCACGCGCUGCGGGGCCGGUACUUUGACGUCGGCCACGACCUGGAGGACGUGCUGGCCCACGCGGCGGAGAUCCGGGCCAGUCCCGAGCUGUACUCGCUGCACACGUCGUUUGUGGGUGGGCUGUCCAAUGCGACCAUGGGACCGCGGCCCAACGAGACGCCUUUUGAUUUUCCCGGAUUCUAA